AGAACAAUUUCCGUUUCCGGUUGGAUGUGACGUCAGCUCGGUUGCGUGUAGAAAUAAUUGCAUAACGUUCCCUUGCUAGUAUUCCGUUGAUGAGUUCGGUUUAAUCGUGGACCAAGAUGCCGUUUGUCGAAUUAAACAGCAAUUUACCAGCCAGCGCUCUCUCACAAGACUUUAUCAGCAAAUUUGCUUCUUUCACGGCCUCCGUUUUGGGGAAGACUGAAGAUAGAAUGAACGUAAUGGUGAAUCCGGGGCUCCUGCUGAUGGUAGCAGGCUCCUGCGCUCCCUGCGUGAUGCUGUCGAUCUCUGCUAUGGGCGUGACCGACACCGCUGACAAGAAUAAGGAGCACAGCGCCAAGAUCUUUGACUUCCUGACGAGAGAGCUUUCUCUGACGGAGGACAGGAUUGUUCUUCGGUUCCUCAGUUUGCAGCCUCACCAGGUUGGAAAGAACGGAACGGUCAUGAGCUUCCUGUAAAUAAUUCCACCCUGUAAAUAAGUGACAUAAACACAAUAAAGUCCAAAAUUUAA